AUGGGCUUGGAAAAUACUAUUGCCCGGGAUAAAAACUCCCCGAGCCAAGAUCGUGCAAAGGCCAUGAUCUUUUUGUGUCAUCACAUUGAUGAGGCACUGAAAAUGCAGUAUGUCACGCUGGAAUCCCCACUUGAAUUGUCAGAGAGAUUGAAAGAAAGAUAUGAUCAUUUGAGGCUGACAUUGUUGCCAAGGCUGCGCCACUGUGGCGAAAAUGUAUCUGAAUCUGAUAUGAUGGAGAAAACUUUCUCCAUUUUUCAUGCCUCUAACAUGGUUUUGCAGCAGCAGUAUCGCGAAAGAGGCUUCCAGAAGCAUUUUGAGCUGAUCACGUGUCUUUUGCUGGCCGAACAAAAUAAUGAAUUGCUGUUGAUAAAUCACGAAUCUCAGCCGACAGGUGCAAAUCCAUUUCCAGAGGCAAAUGCAAUACAACCGGAAAUUCCGGUGCAUGGUCGUGGGCAACUAGUCACUUGGCUGAACUGUAUCGGGCCUCAGAAGAAAGACAGGGAAGAAUUUCCCCCUGAAACAAAUCACGUUGCCCACGAUGACACAUUUGACGAUGUGAUGAAUGAAAAUAUCACGCACCUGGAUGCCGAUGAUCUGCUUCACAUAGCUGAUGAUGUUAAAUGA